UGAAGCGCUAUUUCCAAAGUGGAAGCAAUAAAUGUGUAUUGUGUAGUGGUUAAAUGAAAAUUGUGAAUGAUUCCCAAUUGUCCAUUGCAUCUUGUGCAAUUUCGUGUUAAUGGAGCUGAAUUUUAACUUUAUAUACUACUUAUUAUUAUUAGAAAUGUUUAAUUCAAAAUUUAGUCACAUCUUAGUAAACUGAGUCAGGAUAAGGGGCAACUUUAUUAAUAAAUCUCAUUUGAUUCACAUCGAUUUGUUACUACAGAUGAGAAGAUUUCGUCAAACAGAACGCAGGGAGGAUCUGAGAACAUUUCCAGUUCAGCAAAGGAUGAAGAGAAGAUGAAGGAGAAAUUGGAAAAUGAAUCUAGCACCACUAAACAAAAGCCAGGAGCAAAGCAGGCACCUACUAAAAGUCGAAAUCUUUGGAUAACUAACAUUUCCCAGAACACCAGAGCUACAGAACUAAAACAAGCAUUGUCCGAGUAUGGCAAGGUAAUCGGUGCCAAAGUCGUCAUAAAUGCCAAAUAUCCAGGAGCUUGCUGUUACGGAUAUGUAACUAUGGAGACUGCAGAGGAUGCUGAUAACUGUAUCGCAAAAUUGAACAACACCGAACUUAACGGACAAAUAAUAAAAAUUGAAAAGGUACGAACUGAUCAUAUGAACAUGAAGACUAAACAGAAGUCAGAUAAGGAGGAAGGCAAAACCAAAUCUAAUCAGGAUGAAAGUGAAAAGAAUAAGAAAGAUGAAGAUGGAAAAAAAGAUGCAAAAGAAGACAAGGAAAAGGAUAAGGAUGGAAAAGAAGUAAAUGAGAAACAUUCCUUAGAGAAAAAAGACUCGAAGAGAAGCGACAGUAAAAAACCUGAAAGUUUAUCAGGAAAAUCUGAUCAUAAGAAGAGAUCACACAGCUAUGAUCGACAUCGUCAUCAUGAAAAAGAACAACACGGGAAGGAGCGUAGAAAGUCUCGUUCUAAGUCCCGGGGGGACCGCAGUCUUUCAUCAAAAUCUAAAGCCAGAUCUGAUAAGGAACGGGAUAUGCUUACUUUCGAUAAAAUUAAGGAAGAGCGUGAAAGGCAAAGAUUACGAGAAAAAGAACGAAUUCUUCGUGAAGAAUCUCGAAGAAGACGCGAAGAAGCUUUACGGCAGAGGGAGAUUGAGAGACAGCAACGUUCAGAAGCAGCAAGACUGGAAAGGGAAAGGGAAAAAUUGAGAAUUGAAAGAGAGAAACUGGAACGAGAAAAGGCCGAAAUUAUUAGAUUGGAGAGAGAGAGACAAAAAUUGGAGAGGGAAAAGCUUGAGUUAGAAAAGUUAGAAUUGCAAAGAGCUAAAAUGCGCCUUCAAGAAGAAGAUAGAAGACCCGUUAAACGUGCUGCACCAUACCGAGAUGAUCCCUACGACGAACGGAAAAGAAUAACUAACGAUAGACGUUAUGAGGAAGCUCCACCAGCACCAAGGAAUAUGGUACUGUAUCCUUAUAGGUAUGAAGCACCAUCUACUAUUAAAGCUCCUUCGCCUCCUAGGAAAAUAGUUCCAUCGAAGGAAUACAAAUCCCGAGGUAAUUAUGAAAAGCAUGAUUCCUAUUCAAAAAGAGAUCGGGAAUAUGAUACAGAUCGGUCUCAUGCGUCGUCCAUGUCUCGAGGUCCUCCUCCUCCAACUGCUAUCACAAAAUACGAGGGUAGUUCCGUAUUUAAUAUUAGCCGUGAAAGGGACGUUAGAGAAGCUCGUUCCCGUGAGAGCAACUCCAAUGCCGCACCCAGUGGCAGAUAUGACCGAGAUAGAGACAGAAGUCCACACUACAGAGUUCGAGAUGACAGAGAUAGACGUGCCGUCCCAGAUCACAAGAGUGACGUUCGAUCUAGGGAUCAUCGUUAUGAUGCGGCCCCAAAAGAUACUGGAAGAUUUGAAGGAAGAGGAGGAAACAACUGGCCGCAUCCGGGUACGCCUUCUGGUAAACCAUUUACUUCUAAUUCAACAGGUGGAACUAGUUCCGGUAAAUCUUGGAAUAAAGAUAGCUGGAGAUCUUCCGAUUCUUCUGGUCAAGACAGAUGGAAUUCGAGCAAUACUACCAGAACAUCAGGUUCCCUGUCCUCUGGAGCAUUCUCUAAUAGCUCUAACAUGAAUAUGACCCCUUCCUGUCCUCCGCCUCCAGGAAUAAAUAAUUAUUCAUCUGAUAGAUUUGAUUACAAAUCUAUGAGUGGGAUGAGAAAAUAUUAAAUAAUUCGAUAGUGAAAUUACUGCUUUUUAAAAUAUAUAAUUUUUAAUUAUACUACAAUAAGUUAUUGUACAUUUUAACAAUUUACUGAUUAGUAAGAAAUUUCGCUAUUGAUUGACCCAUGUAUACACACUCACACACCCAUAUUGCAAUUUAGUAGUGUAAAAAAUUUUGUAAUUUUUACCACAAAUGCAGUUUCUAUUUAAUUAUGAAGAACGCUGGUGUAUUAUUUAUUGCACAUCAUUUAAUGAUUAAUAGAAUAUUGGUUAUAUUUUGACUGAAAUAUCCUAUCAUAUAAAACUAGACGUUGGACGUUAUUGUCUAAUUAUCUAAUAUACAAUGAAAUUUUCUUUUUGUUUAAUAAAAAUUCAGUUUAUUGUAAAUUGCUAUUUG